AUGAGGACGAAAGGACAGUGGCUGAACAACAACGUGAUGCAGUGCAGGGCGAGCUUUUCGAGUCGGUAUUCACUGGUGCCGCACGCUACCGCCAGCAAGCGGAUCGUCGUCGGUGGUGGCGCUGGUGGACCACCACACCGCUGUCAGCAGCAGUCGGCGGUACCGCGUCCGCUGGGGAAGGCGGCGGGCGAGGGGUUUAAUGUGGAUUCCGGCUUCGAAACGUCCGACUUCGAUUUUACCGACUUCGCCGAGGAGAUGCUGCCGUCGCGUGAUUUCAUUCAGCCGCUUUCGCUCGAACAGGACGGUCUCGUCGGAGAUGGUCGCGGCAUUCCGUUUCGAACCGGCGCGGCCGAUAGACGUUGUUCCGGGCUGAGUGCGCGCAGAAUGUCCGAUUGUCCGCGGCGAAUGUUGAACCUGCUGCAUGGCGCCAAACACCGUCGGAAGAGUCGCAUAUCGUUCGAUUUCUCCAGCGACCUGCACCAGGCGGAAAAGUCCGUCCAAACGUCCCCCAUCAAGCACCCGAACAAGAACUGGCGCUUCGAGGAUGCCCGGAAGGCGAUUCUGGUCGAGAUGGAAGCGGUCGGGCAGCUGCGAAAACCGCACGUCCUGCUGCUGCGGUUCCCGGAUCCGGACCUGAGCAAGGAAAUCGUGCAAGGCUUCUCGGCUAGCAUCGAGAAUGUGAUUUUCCAUCGUCCAGCAACGCCAAGGUACUGUGUGGUGCACCUGAAACCGGAAGCCGACGUGGACAGCGUCAUGAAGCACAUUGGCCGGAUUCCGUUUGGGGCGGGAAAAAUCAUGGUCGAACGGAAGACACGCAACUCCGAUCAGAAACCCGUGGUGCAACCGGAGGACAUCGAUCCGUACACGCUGUUCAUUGGCAACCUGCCGAACGUGGUCACGGUGCAGACGGUGAAGCAAAUGUUUCCCGCGGCCAAACGCAUCGAUAUCGGACACGCGCAACGCAUCAAGCACACCCGGUACGCGUUCAUACGCUUCACGAACGUGGACGAAGCGAUCCAAGCGUUCCAGGCCAAUCACAACAAGGUCAUUGACGGGAAGAACAUCAUCAUCCGGUUCCGGCGGCACAACGCACCGAUUGCGCUGCCCGAGGACACGACCACACCGAAGACACCCAAGCGCCAGAAGGCUGCCGGUCAACAGCAGCUCGUGGUGUCGGUAGAACAACGCCCGAAACGGCUCAGCUUGGUCGGUCCGGUUGCUGGAACUGGUGGGCAUUCGGGGACACUCAGCACCAUUAAGACGGAGAUCCUGGACGAGGAGGCAGAUGAGGAACCGGACGGUGUACCACCGGCUGGGGCACGGAUUGGAGGACGACGGACAAACGCGGCACAAGGUGGUGGUGGUGGUGGUGGUCCCUUGUGUGUCAUCAAGUCCGAACCGGACGAUACGGACAUCGAGGACAGCCUGGAUCACGAGGAGGAAGAAGAGGAUGUGGACAACAUUCGUGACUUCCUGGAGGAGCAGGAAGAGGAGGAGGGCCUCAAUUUGGACGAGAUCAAUCCGGACGAGAACUACUGCGAGGACGACGACACGGACAUCGACAGCUUUGGCAAGAACUACUGGACGCUGGAGCAGUUGCGCCGUAACGCGACCGAUAAUGGUUCCGGUUCGGGGAAAAACGUCGAAGAACCGGACCUGGAAUCGGCCACCAAAACGACCUCCACGAUGCUGAUUAAACGCAAAGAGCACAAACCACCGACAACGGUCAUCAAAACGAAGCGUCGCGAUGAUCAGCUGAACGAUCUGUUCAGCUGCCUAGAGCCGGACGAUGAUCUAUCGUUAUGAGAUUCGAUGGAACUAUUCUCGGACUUCAUUCAGUACGUCACGCUUAACUAGCGCGAUCGAGGACCGGAAUACCGUCCGUCGGAUGUCACCGUUGGCAAAAAAAAACAAGGGCGGCUGAGCGUUUGAGUGAAGGUUACUGAGCGAUAGUUUUGUGCGUGUGUUAUAUUUCAGAAUUUUCGCAGACUUUUUCCCCGCCCGCGGGAAUCCGAUUGGUGGAAAGCAAUUAUGCAUUUAUUCUCACCCGUAGCCGGGCUCUGAUGCUUUGUUGCUGUGCCUAGCAGUAUCGGGGGCUUUCUGGAAGCUAGACUCUAGACGGUACCAGAAACACCUUCCAGUUCCUAUUUGAUCCUUUCCAUAAAUUGCACCGCGAAAUGCGUUUUUGCGUUCACUACGUCGCAUGGUGACGAAAAUGUGCGUUUGAUUAGCGAUAUCUCCGGAGUACGGAUGAGUAGCCGUUCUGCAGUAUUAGUUGUCUUUCAAGUGACUCUGAGAAAGAAAAAACCUAAGCUGUAUUAGUUGUCCUGCGAGGUAUUUCGUAGGACCGUAUUGUAAGCGAAAGCGAAAGUAUUAUUAACGCCUGGCACCUUACAUUUCGGAAAGGAUCGUACAUUAAUUUAGCUUGCAUUUCACGUAAACAGUAUUUGCGCUUAUGAAGAGAAAGAAGGAAAAAACAAAAAACACAACACCAAACCAAUAUUAGGCCCAUUUAUGAACUGUAAGGACAUUAGAUGGUUAAGAAAGAUGCUUGAUAUAGAGUGGUGCCAACCGAGUCUUCAGAGGAACAGUAUUUCUGUGUUGAAAACGUAGUGUAUUGCUUGAAGCAAAGGUUCAAUAAACAUAUA